UAACGUUAAUUGGCGAACCCUUUUCUUCCUAGCUCGCUCAUAAUCGUUGCUAGUAAAUGGUAAACUACGAGAAGAACGMCGUCAAAAAACUACGCGUGAAUGAGUGAAAGUUUCAUUUCAAGGACAAAAGGCAUGAAAGGGGUAUUCGUUUUCAUGACAUUUCUUUCUUUUCAAAUUUCUUCCUCAAAUUCGUUAUCAAUCGAUGAGAAAUGUCAACUACACAACCAAACRAUUCGAGUGUAUUUCUGGGAUAAGCAACCUUAUAUUUACCAGUCUUCGCCACAAGAUUCCAGGCCAAAAGGAUUUUUUGUUCUUAUUAUUAAGGAAGCUUUGAAGAACUGUUGCGUGGCAACGCCUAAUAUUGAAUUUGUCAAAGAAAAAUCAGGACCAGCAGGACUCCAAGGACUUCUGGAUGGUGGAUUGUUUGAUCUAUUAGUCCCUGUCCAUGGGUUACCAGAGUCAUCAAGUAUACGUGGAUCUCCUUUUAUUGGCAUUGCCCAGUCAGCGGGUGCAGCAGUGUUAAUGCCGUCCAACGCUUCUGGUACAAAGCUACUUUUAUCAGUGUUAAAGGCUUGGCCUAUUUUAGUGUUUAUCAUUGUAUCAGCGUUAUUGGCUGGCGUACUUAUGUGGAUAUUGGAGAAAAAUGGCAAGUUUAAUCAGUUUUCCGAGAGCUUUUGUUUGGGUAUAUUUGAAGGCUUUUGGUGGGCUUUUUGCACUAUGACGACGGUUGGGUAUGGUGACAGGGCUCCUAAGACAGUAGUUGGUAAAAUAUUAGGAAGUAUCUGGAUGUUGGUUGGUGUGAUUAUCGUAACUAUGUUCAUYAGUAUCAUAACGACAUCGCUUACCACWGCCAGCUACGCACAAUAUACAGAUAUAAGACAAAUGACGGUUUCUGUUGUGAAUCAGAGUGCAGAACACACGUUAGCAAUACGAAGUAAUAGUAAAACAAUCAUCGCUUCUCACAACCAGCAGCAAGCAUUUGAUAGGAUGAUAAAUCGUGACGUCGAAGCAUCAUUGGUUGAUACCCAUGCAUUAAAACAUCAUAUGCCAAGAUUAGCAAGCAAACAGCAUAUUGUCGUAGCAACGGUAGUUACCAACCACGUCAGCUAUGGCGUACUGUUGCCUAGCAACGGCUCCUCAAAGCUAGAGACAUGUUUCCGUCGUUUUAUGGAUGUCCAAGAAGUGUGGAGAUUUGAACUUCUAAGAAAAGGCGUUGGAGGCAAAAAGAUCCAAAUAACACCAGCACAAGACUAUUUUGGUAGUGGAGGUAUAUUCAGUAUUUCAGUUUAUUCGGGUUUGGCUUUGUUCUUUUUGUCAAUCAUCAUUGGGCUUAUCUGGGAGUAUCGAAAACCAACAAAACAGGACAAGAAAUCGCAUCAUGUCAAGCAGCCCAGUCUACAGACGAGUAAAGAAACUUCAGAUACAGAUGUAUCAACGUCAGGAAGGAAAGUCCCAGUCAAUUCAGUUAGUGGAACUGCUACCAUAGAGCAGUUAAAACGACCGCAUGUGAAUAAACCUCAGAUAAGAGUCUCUCCUCCCACCCUCCCUGAGUCCGGUGACACGCCUUGGGAGAAGCUUAUAGCAAGACAGAAAAUGGAGGUCAUGAACUUAGAAAAUGAUUUUUACAGAUUUGAAAGAGAAUGGGAGAAACGUUAUCAGGAUCUGCAAAUGAAGCAAAACACAUUAGGAAGGAGUCAUGUCACUUAAACRUAUCAAUUAUUUAUUACCAAGAAACGACAAUCCAUCGAAGGAAAUGUUAUGGUCCAUUCAAUCACACACAGAGCGGAAAGGAAGAUAGACUGGUCUCUAGAGGACAGCGUGUCUAAGCACUGACGGCCCCUUUCACUUGUUGACUAWCUAGAAUGAAUGAAUGAAUAAACCUUUAUUUAUUAUAAAGCUUAGGGUGGCCAUCAGUUGCAUGUGCACUUCUGUUAUCAAUGGGAGCUCUGGCCACGAUAAAGCUAUAAAAUAUAAUAUAAAAAUCUACGGAACUAAACUAUAAAAUACUGUCAUAUAAUUAUAAUUAGGUAAUAAAAAAACAUACAUAAAUAUAUAUAUAUAUAAAGAACGAUGUAUAGAACUCUAGCUUAGAUCAGUAACCACACUAUUUCACAUUGCAAAUGUAAAUAAGUAUCAUUGAAUAGAGUCCGGAGGUCACACAGUGAAUAUAGAGAAAAAAAUAAAAAAAAAGUGGAAGUCU